AUUGAUAUUCUCAAGGAUCUGAAAAUGGAAAAUUGCCAGGAAACUGAAUUUCCUUUACCCAGAGGUUUGAAGUUAAGUAUUGAUCAAGGUGAUUUGUUAGAUCAGCCUGAAGUUUAUAGAAGGAUUAUUGGAAGACUGCUUUAUCUUAAUGUCACACGACCUGACAUUUCAUAUUCAGUUCAACACCUAAGUCAAUUCCUUUCUCAGCCUAGAUUACCACAUUUUCAAGCUGCUCUCCAUGUUGUAAAAUAUCUAAAAGGCACUAUCAAUGUUGGCUUAUUCUAUCCUGCUGUUUCUACAUUGACAUUAACAGCAUUCUCAGAUGCUGACUGGGUGCAAUGUCAAUUUUCUUGUAGAUCUCUUAGUGGUUAUUGCAUAUUCUUGGGAGAUUCUUUAGUCUCUUGGAAAACAAAGAAGCAGAAAACAGUAAGCAAAAGUACUGCAGAGUCUGAAUACAGAAGCAUGUCGUAUACAACUAGUGAAAUGGUUUGGUUACAUGAGCUUCUUAAAGAUCUCAGGGUUAGUGUACCAUUACCUAUUCCACUUCAUUGUGAUAACAAAGCAGCUCAAUAUAUUGCAGCAAACCCUGUGUUUCAUGAAAAAACCAAGCAUUUAAAGAUUGAUUGUCAUUAUGUACGUGACAAGUUGCUCGAAGGAUUUCUUACAACUCAACACAUAUCUUCACACAUGCAGAUUGCUGACAUCAUGACCAAACCACUGGGAGCACAACAACAUAAAAUACUUUCUUCCAAGCUUGGGCUUCAGUAUUUCCCACCCUGAAUCCAGCUUGAGGGGGGGAUGUUGAGAUAACUUAAUACGCUACCUAAUUGUAUCUACUUAGCUAUUAAGUGAUAAGAAUGACAGGCUGUAUAUAACAAAUUCUGUUAAAAGAUAGUUAGUUAUGAUAUUCUGUAUAUAUAAUAGCUAGCUCAUCAGUUGUAAACACGGUUCAUGAAUAAUAACCUUUCUUUCUCUCCAAGUUUAUCGUCUCCUUCAUCUUGCUGCCUAGACUCCUUUGUUGCAGGUCUCAUGUAAGAUUCAACAAUGGAGAAUACUUUGUACACUAAGAUUUUUCUUCCACCUAUGGGUUUGCGUCAUUUCGUUGCUCAGUGAUUGGGUUGUGAUUUGAAGGGGUUCCGAUGGAUCGAAGUGGGGAUGAAGAAUUUAGCAUUGAUGGUUGGCUUCUCGAUUGGUUUUUCUGCUUUGGAUCGUUCGUGAUGAUGAUGCUCCAAGUUUACGCUAUCUCACCACAUGAACUUGUAUAUGAUAUAAUUUGUGAUGUCUAGAUCUUGGAUCUAAUAUAUUAAAAUAAUUAACAAAUCUUGCCUUCCAGUCCAAUCGGUGAGCCUGUCUUCCAUCCCCAUUAUGCAUUCUCCAUCUCAAAAUAAUAGGGUGUUUAAAAAAAUAAAUUAAAUAUAGACCAAAAUAUCUUAUAUAUACCGAGUAUA